GAUUCCCCCAUCAAGAAAACAUGGAUUCUGCGGCCUAUUCGUCGCUUACCAGAGGACCAUUCUCAAGCAUAGGAGACUCCUCAGAAAUGGAAGCAAAUCUACCACUCAGCGAUAGAUUAAAGGGCUUCAAGACCUCAAAGUUCGACAUUGAUUCCUAUGUCACCUCCAAAUGCCAAGCCAUGACCGAGAAGGUACCCACCCACCCACCCAUUCUUACUCUUAUCUCCCUCUUCUUUUUCUAAAUUCUAAUCAUUCAUCAGGAAAUCAAGCAUUUAUGCUCUUACCUUAUCGAGCUCAAGAAGGCCUCUGCAGAGGAAAUGCGCAAAAGUGUUUACGCCAAUUAUGGAGCUUUCAUUCGUACAUCUCGAGAGAUUUCAGAUCUUGAAGGAGAGCUACUCCUACUAAGAAACCAUUUAUCCACUCAGGCAGCUCUCAUUCAUGGUUUAACAGAAGGAAACAGCAUUGAAUCUCUGUCUGGAGAUAUUGAAGUUUCAACUGUAGACAGUUCUUCCAAUGAGAGCAGUCAGCUCCCCAAUAAAGAUGAAUGGCUGGUGGAGUUCUUGGACAGCCUUGAAGUUCUGUUGGUUGAGAAAAGAAUGGACGAAGCUCUGGCUGCCUUAGACGAAGGGGAACGGAUCGCUGAAGACACGAGUCGUCGGAGGUCGUUGAGCGCAGCUGCACUCACCACAUUACAUACUGCCAUUAGAAACCAAAGGCACAAACUGGCUUGUCUCUUGGAGCAAACAAUUUCCCAACCUUCAACACGAGGAGUGGAGCUUCGGUCUGCUGCUCAGGCUCUGAAGAAGCUCGGGGAUGGCUCCCGCGCGCACAUGUUGCUGCUGAAUUCCCAUCAGCAGAAGCUGCAGCGAAGCUUGCAGAGUUUUCGGGCGUCGGGGAACUCGGGUGGCGGGAUAUACACAGCUGCAAUAUCACAGUUUGUGUUCUCAACCAUUUCUCAAGCAGCAAGUGAUUCAUUGGGAGUGUUCGGGGAAGAGCCAGCUUAUGCCUCGGAGUUGGUAACUUGGUCUGUGAGACAAACGGAUUCUUUUGCUAUGUUCCUGAAAAGGUAUGUCAUAGCUUCAUCGGCUGCUGUGGGGAGCAUGAGAAUUGCAGCUGAGUGUGUGCAUAUAUGUAUGGGGCAUUGCUCUCUUCUGGAGGCUCGUGGGUUGGCCCUUACGCCAGUGUUAUUCAGACACUUCAGGCCCUUCAUUGAGCAUGCUAUAACCGCUAAUUUGAGGAGAAUUGAACAGACCAGUGCUGCCUUGGCUGCAUCAGAUGAUUGGUUGCUUGCUUAUUCCCCCCUUUCUUCUCGAUUUUUCCCGGGGUCGUCUUCAACUUCGUCGCUGAGCAGUGUCGUCUCACAACCAAAGCUUUCAAGAAGUGCACAUAGAUUCAACACAAUGGUUCAGGAAUUUGUAGAGGACAUGGGAUCACUUGAAAGCCUGCAAUUGGAUUCACUAACCUUGGAAGGAGUUCUGCAAGUAUUCAACUCUUACAUCAAUUUGCUCAUAACAGCUCUGUCAAGUUCAGUGGAAAACGAGAUGAAUCUGGAAGGAUCAGCGACGAAGAUCGUACGGCUGGCGGAGACCGAACCGCAACAGAUAGCGCUGCUAGCGAACGCGUCAUUGCUGGCCGAUGAGUUGCUUCCUCGAGCGGCGUCCAAGAUAUUUCCACAGAACAGAUCAGAAACGCCAAGAAAAACAUCGAGCAGGCUGCCGGAGCAGAGAGAGUGGAAGAGAAGACUACAGCGGUCGGUGGAUCGACUGAGGGACAGCUUCUGCCGCCAACAUGCUCUAGAACUGAUCUUCACGGAAGACGGCGAUACGCGGCUGAAUGCACAGGUGUACCUAUCGAUGGACGGGAAUGGAAAUGUGGAAGAGCCGGAGUGGUUUCCAUCGCAGAUAUUUCAGGCGCUUUUCGCGAAAUUGACGCUGAUUGCAGGGAUUGCGACAGAGAUGUUCGUGGGAAGGGAGAGAUUUGCGACUGUUCUUCUGAUGAGACUCACUGAAACAGUGAUAUUAUGGCUUUCUGAAGAUCAAGCCUUCUGGGAAGAAGUAGAGGUUGGGCCUCGCCCUUUGGGCCCCUUCGGCCUUCAGCAACUAUACUUAGACAUGGAGUUCGUGAUACUUUUCGCAUCACAAGGCCGAUAUCUAUCCCGAAAUUUGCAUCAAGUGAUCAAGAACAUCAUAGCAAGAGCCAUAGAAUCCUUGGCUGCUACUGGAACAGAUCCUUACAGUGCUUUGCCGGAGGACGACUGGUUCGCCGAAGUUGCUCAGAUUGCUAUCAAAAUGCUCACCGGAAAAGGCUCCUUUGGUAACAUCGAUCGAGACGUCACCAGCCCGACCGCUUCUGUUUCUGCAAAAUCCAUAUCUUCUGUUCAUUCUCAUGGAAGUAAUUAGAAAAGGGUAUCAUCUACUUGAUUCUUUAGUCCUUGGAUUCAUGCAACUUUGUAUUUAGUGUUCUUCUUAAU